AUGCUGGCAAUCAAAGUUAGACCCCUCGGGGACACAAAGGUGUUUGAGCCUAUACAGGUGGGAAAGAAUACUCUUUCCAAUAGACUUUUCAUGUGCCCAACUACAAGACUCAAGGCUUUAGAAGACGGUACUCCAUCGAAUUUGGCAUUGCAACUUUAUGACGAAAGAAGCAAAUUUCCCGGCUCGCUCGUGACAACUGAAGGAACUUUCACUUAUGAUGAGGGUCAAGUAUGGGAAAGAACUCCAGGAAUUUAUACUGAAAGACAUAUUGAAGCAUGGAAAAAAAUUGUCGAUAAAGUUCAUCAGAACAAAUCUUUCAUUUCACUCCAGUUGUUCAAUUCGGGCCGUGUAGCCGACCCAACCAUUGCAGACAACAAGAAUCAUCCAUUUGUUGCUCCAUCGGCUAUUUACCAUGAUGAGGAAACGAAAAAAGCUGCCAUUGCUGCUGGCAAUCCUUUGCGAGAAAUGACCUUGGAUGAAAUCCACGAUAUUAUUAACAACAAGUACCCCAAAGCUGCCCAUAAUGCUCUCAGAGCCGGGUUCGACUAUGUCGAAGUCCAUGCUGCAAACGGCUACCUUCCCAACCAAUUUAUUGACGUUGCCAGUAAUCAGCGCACUGACCAAUACGGUGGUUCCAUUGAAAAUAGAGCCAGAUUUGUGUUGGAAAUCAUUGACAAAUUGACCGCUGAGAUUGGUGCCGACAAGAUUGGACUUAGAAUUUCUCCAUGGUUGACAUUCCAGGGCAUGCUGACCAAAGGUGCAGAGAUCGACCCAUUGACCACUUACAGUUACAUUUUACACGAAUUGGAAAAGAGAGCUCAGAAGGGAAACAGAAUAGCCUAUGUGUCCAUUAUCGAGCCUAGAGUCGAUGGAAACUCUACCGUCAAGAAAGAAAACCAAGUUGGUGAUAACUCGUUUGUCUACGAUAUUUGGGAAAGGAACAGUUUUGAGAGCGGGUGGAUACACUUAUGA